AAUAACACCAAAGAAUGUAAGAGGACUACUAAUGUCAAUCAGUCAGUCAAUGACUGGUUAUGGUGCUUCUUUCACGUUUUUAAUCGGUUCUUUCGUCACCUGGCGUUCUUUGGCCAUAAUUGGUUGUAUUCCGAGUCUGUUACUGCUCCUUGCUCUAUUUUUCAUUCCAGAGUCUCCAAGAUGGUUGGAUUAUAUCGAAAACCAGCGUCUUCAACAGAACUCCGACGACAAUGUCCUCAACUUGUUUCGGCGAAAAUACCUUCAUAUAUUCAUUGUGAGCAGCAUUUAUUAG